AUGGAUGAACGGGGGAGCGUCAGGGGCCUGAUGGAUCUGUUUGAGGAGCCAACGAAAGAGGAAGGUGAGGAGGCCGGUGGAGAGGAAGACGAGGUCGAAGAGCUUGCUGAAGCGCGAGAACGACGGCAAGGUGUUCACGUUGGAAGAGACGGAGAGCCGAUUGAAGACCCGGUUGACCCAGACCAAGACUGCACGGAGAUUGACGACGAUGAUCGAGCCGAUCAGGACCAGGCCGACGAGGCGGGUCAGCUUGCCAAUCUCCAGCUCGACACUAAACGUCGACAAAACCUUCGCUACUAG